GACAUAAUUUUUAUAAAAUAGGGAAAGAACAGCACUGGAGGAGAGAAUCGAAGGAUAAUUUAUUAACUUUAUUAAUUUCUGUGGCUCUAUUUAUAUAAACUAGUAUUGAGGUGCUGUUCUCAUGGCUACGUCUAGUGAUACUUCGGAUCAGAAUGUGAAGUCAAGACGACCUGCUGAAUCUGCGUUCAAGCAGCAGCGUUUGCCGGCAUGGCAGCCUAUACUAACAGCAGGGACUGUCUUACCAACUUUUUUUGUAAUAGGAAUAGCUUUUAUUCCUGUCGGAAUAGGGUUGCUCUACUUUUCGGAUGAGGUAAAAGAACAUGUUAUUGAUUAUACUUACUGUAUGAAAGAAGAUGAAAAUAUAACAUGUGCUGAAUAUAUAAAACAAAAUGACAUGGAGCCGUGUACUUGUCAAAUAAUUUUUAAUUUAACUGAAGACUUCAAAGGAGAUGUAUACUUUUACUAUGGAUUGAGCAAUUAUUACCAGAAUCAUAGAAGAUAUGUCAAGUCCAGAGAUGACAGUCAACUCCUUGGACGUUUAUCACUAACCCCAUCAUCAGACUGUGAGCCAUUUGCCUAUGCCGAAGAAGAUGGAAAGUUGAAACCUGUAGCUCCAUGCGGUGCUAUUGCUAACUCAUUGUUUAAUGAUACGUUAACUGUGCACUCUCAAGAUUUGAAUAUCAAUGUGCCAGUACUGCGAACUGGUAUUGCUUGGACUUCGGAUAAGGAUAUUAAAUUCCGGAAUCCACCUGGAGAUCUUAAAACAGGUAAGUAACUUCUCUAUCGGCAUUCAUAUAAUAUUAUAUAAUUAAAAAUUUUAGCCGUGUAGUGGCGGUCAAGAAUACCACUACCCCAUAUCCUCCCGUGGGUGUCGUAAAAGGCGACAAAGGGAAACAGGCAGGAGAUGGGCAGCAGCAUCUUCCUGAUAAUAGCCAAAAUUACAAUAAAAAAACUGCGGUUGCCAACCCGCUCGCCAAGCGUGGCAACUAUGGCAAAUACCCCCCUAUGAAUGUAACAAAGAGACGGCCCCCAGUCCCCGGCGUCCCCGCUAUUCCUGGCUACGGUGGCGACCAUGGUAACGGCGGGGCAGGGGGUGCUAAGAAUCUCCGGUGGAGGUUCGGUUGCCACCUUAGACGACUCGACCUGGCAACGUACAACGCACGCACCCUGAGGACUGACGAGAAGAUCGUGGAGCUGGAAGAAGAGAUAGACAAGUUGCGCUGGCAUAUUAUAGGAUUAUCCGAAGUCCGAAGAGAGGGGGAGGACACGGUAAUCCUCGAAUCCGGCAACUUGCUCUAUCACCGGGAGGGCGACCAUCUGUCCCAAGGAGGUGUCGGAUUUAUCGUCCACAAGUCUCUCGUUAACAACGUUGUAAAGAUCGGGAGUGUGUCGACGAGGGUUGCGUACCUUAUACUCAGAAUCACCAAACGGUAUUCGCUGAAGGUCAUACAGGUUUACGCACCAACCUCGGCACACCCCGAUGGGGGAGGUGGAGGAAAUGUAUGAGGAUAUCUCUAGAGCCAUGCAUUCCUCCAAAACCCAAUAUACGGUGUUAAUGGGAGACUUCAAUGCAAAACUAGGCACAAGAGAGAACGGUGAGCUGAAAGUAGGGGAAUUUGGAAUAGGGCAACGGAACCCAAGGGGCCAGCAGCUGGCCGACUUCAUGGAGAAAGAGGGCCUCUUUAUGAUGAACUCUUUCUUCCAGAAGCGGCCCCACAGGAAGUGGACCUGGUCGAGCCCCGACGGUUCGACAAAAAAUGAGAUUGACUUCAUUAUGACGACCAGACGACAACUGUUCAGUGAUGUCUCCGUGAUCGCGAGGGUGAAAACUGGUAGCGAUCACCGAAUGGUUAGAGGCACACUGAACCUAAACGUUAAGUUGGAGAGGUCUCGUCUAAUGAAGUCAACGCUCCGUCCCCCUCGUGCUCUGUUCCAAAGUCCCGAAACCUUUCUGCUCGAGUUACAAAACCGUUUUCAGUGCCUAGAAGACUGCAAUGAAGUGGACGAUAUGAAUGACAAGCUCGUGGAAACUGUCCAUGCGGUCGGAGCUAAGUUCUGCAAGACCCGCCGCAGAAGAACACAAAACUCUGCGAUCACACUCUUAAUCUCAUGGCUGUUAGACGGGAGAUGAAGCUACAUUCUUCAACAGACUUGACAGCAUACAGGCAUCUGAACAGACAGAUCUCCAAAUGCAUGCGGCGGGACUUACGCAACUUCAAUACAGCUCGUAUUGAAGAAGCGAUCGAGCGGAACCAAGGCUCCAAAGUCUUUGCCAGAGAUCUGUCUGCCAGAAAGAGCCACCUGUCAAAGCUGAAGACAGAGUGUGGCAGCAUCGUUUCCGGGACACCUGAGAUUUUGAGUGAGAUUGAGAGGUUCUAUAGGCAGCUGUACACGUCAUCGUUGGAGCCACACGAUCGACGUGUGAGUAACGAUCCAAGAGCGAGUCUCAUCCGACAGUAUUCCGAAGAUAUCCCGGACGUCAGUCAGAGCGAGAUUAGAAUGGCUCUCCAGCACCUUAAAAACGGUAAGGCCCCAGGCGAGGAUGGAAUUACAGCGGAGCUUCUGAAAGCGGGUGGAAGACCGGUACUUGAAGUCCUUCAGAAGCUCUUUAAUUCCGUCCUCCAUGGUGGCAUUACACCGGAGGCGUGGAGCAGAAGUGCGGUGGUCUUGUUCUUCAAGAAAGGUGACAACGCUCUCUUGAAGAACUACAGACCGAUUUCCCUUCUGAGCCGCGUCUACGUGCUGUUUUCGAGAGUCAUUACGAAUCGUCUCGCGCGCAGACUUGACGACUUCCAGCCUCCCGAACAAGCCGGUUUCCGAAAGGGCUUUAGCACCAUAGACCACAUACAUACCCUUCGGCAAAUUGUACAGAAGUCCGAAGAGUACAAUUUGCCACUAUGUCUGGCGUAUGUGGACUAUGGGAAAGCCUUUGAUUCCGUCGAAAUUUGAGCGGUGCUGCAGUCCCUUCAACGGUGCCAAGUUGUCUGUCGGUAUAUCGAAGUGUUGAAGUGCUUGUACAGUAGGGCUACGAUGGCUAUCCGAGUACAGAACCAGAGUACGAAACCUAUCUAAUUGCAGAGAGGUGUAAGACAGGGUGACGUCAUAUCCCCGAAACUCUUCACCGCUGCAUUGGAAGACGUUUUCAAGCUUCUGGACUGGAAAGGAUACGGUAUCAACAUCAAUGGCGAGUACAUCACUCACCUUCGAUUUGCCGACGAUAUAGUCCUUAUGGCAGAAUCGCUGGAGGACCUAAGCACUAUGCUCAAUGACCUCGAAUAGUGUUUCCCAACGGAUAGGUCUUAAGAUGAACAUGGACAAAACAAAGAUCAUGUUCAAUGUCCAUGUCACACCUAUGCCGGUAGUUGUUGGGAGCACUAAGCCAUCUGGAUGAUUGGCGGUCCACCACUGUGCGAUUUAGAAGAUGUUUUCUUCCUCGCACGACUUCCUUGUGGAAUCGAUUACCAUCAGCGAUUUUUCCGGACCGAUAUGACUUAGGGACCUUCAAGAAAAGAGCCUACUCCUUUUUAAAAGGCCGGCAACGCAUCUGCAAUUCCCCUGGUGUUGCGGUUGUUCAUGGGCGGCGGUAGUCACUUACCAUCAGGUGAGCCGCAUGCUCGUUUGCCCCCUCUCCUAU